AGAUCAUCUGAGAAGAUGCCACCCUGAUAAAACAGAGAAAGAUUUGAAAUAGUUUCACACACUCAAAGAUAAAUUUCAGAAGAGACCUACACUGGACAGAAUGUUCGCAUCGACGUCACUAAGAAAUGAUGAUGGUUUGCGGGCGUCUUACAAUAUCUCGUUACUUAUAGCAAAAUCCGGAAGACCGCAUACUAUCGGAGAGAAGUUAAUUUUGCCCGCCGUUGAAGAGGUUUUAAAAACAGUUUUACACAAACCUGCAUCUGAUAUCAUUAAAAGAAUUCCCUUAAGCAACAAUACUGUUGAAAGACGUAUUGAUGAAAUGAGUUCUGAUAUUGAAAGCUUCUUAUAUAAAUCUCAACAGCGUUGUGCACUGGAACAGGACCUGAAUGUUGAUAAAUAUGGGUACCAAAAACAGGUAUAUCUUAUGCCUUAUUGGAUAGCGAUCACACUUAGACAAGUCUCACGUAUCCUGAGUCAAGUGUUCUGA